GCCUGCUCUCGGCAGCGGAAGUCCGGUCUGUCGCUCCACGUUUCUUCGGGCAUCCCACCGCCGGCAUGGCGCACUACAAUUUCAAGAAGAUUACGGUGGUGCCCUCGGCCAAGGACUUUAUUGACCUGACAUUAUCGAAGACUCAACGAAAGACUCCAACGGUUAUUCAUAAACAUUACCAAAUUCAUCGUAUUAGACAUUUUUAUAUGAGAAAAGUCAAAUUUACUCAACAGAAUUACCAUGACAGACUCUCACAGAUUCUAACAGAUUUUCCGAAAUUAGAUGAUAUCCAUCCAUUUUAUGCUGAUUUAAUGAAUAUCCUCUAUGACAAGGAUCAUUACAAAUUGGCUCUAGGACAAAUAAAUAUUGCCAAAAAUUUGGUGGACAAUGUUGCUAAAGACUACGUGCGGCUUAUGAAGUAUGGCGAUUCUCUGUACCGCUGCAAGCAGCUGAAGCGUGCUGCCCUUGGACGGAUGUGCACUAUCGUCAAGAGACAGAGGCAGAGUUUGGAGUAUUUGGAACAAGUCCGUCAGCAUUUAUCCCGCUUGCCAACCAUUGAUCCAAAUACAAGGACUCUGCUUUUAUGUGGGUAUCCAAAUGUUGGGAAAUCCAGCUUCAUCAAUAAGGUGACUAGAGCAGAUGUGGAUGUUCAGCCCUAUGCAUUUACGACCAAGUCUUUGUUUGUUGGACACAUGGAUUAUAAGUAUCUGCGUUGGCAGGUUGUAGAUACUCCAGGAAUUUUGGAUCAUCCUUUGGAAGAUCGGAACACCAUUGAAAUGCAGGCCAUCACAGCCCUGGCCCACCUUCGUGCUGCAAUUCUGUAUGUGAUGGAUUUGUCUGAGCAAUGUGGACAUGGGUUGAAGGAACAAUUAGAACUCUUCCAGAAUAUCAAACCUCUCUUUAUCAACAAGCCUCUUAUAGUUGUAGCAAACAAAUGUGAUGUGAAGAGAAUAUCUGAACUUUCUGAAGAUGAUCAGAAAAUAUUUAUAGACUUGCAUGCUGAGGGAUUACCUGUAAUUGAGACCAGCACCCUGACUGAGGAAGGUGUUAUUAAAGUUAAAACAGAGGCUUGUGAUAGACUUUUGGCUCAUCGAGUGGAAACCAAAAUGAAGGGAAAUAAAGUGAAUGAUGUGCUGAACAGAUUGCAUUUAGCUGUACCAAACAAGAGAGAUGAUAAGGAGAGGCCCCCUUUCAUCCCAGAAGGAGUGGUGGCACGCAAGAAGAAAAUGGAUAUUGGGGAGUCUAAGAAGAAAAGGGAACGAGAUCUCGAGCUGGAAAUGGGAGAUGAGUAUAUUUUGGAUCUUCAGAAAUACUGGGAUUUAAUGAAUUCGUCUGAGAAAUAUGAUAAGAUACCAGAGAUUUGGGAAGGCCAUAAUGUUGCUGAUUAUAUUGAUCCUGCUAUCAUGAAGAAACUAGAAGAAUUAGAAAAGGAAGAAGAGCUAAGAACAGCUGCUGGGGAGUAUGACAGUGACUCUGAAAGUGAAGAUGAGGAAAUGGUGGAAAUCCGGCAGCUGGCAAAACAAAUUAGAGAAAAAAAGAAGUUGAAAAUUCUGCAGUCCAAAGAAAAGAAUACCCAAGGACCCAGGAUGCCCCGAACUGCUAAGAAGGUUCAGCGAGCAGAUUUGGAGAAUGAGAUGCGUAGUCUUGGUGUUGACAUGGAUGAUAAAGAUAAGGCCCAUUACGCAGUGCAGGCAAGAAGAUCUCGGAGUGUCACCCGGAAAAGAAAGCGGGAAGAAUCUGUUGCUGUAGACCGCAGUCGGAGUUGCUCUCGAAUGCCACGUGAUGUUUCUGGUCUAAGAGAUGUCAAGAUGCUAAAGAAAGCCAAGACAAUGAUGAAGAAUGCUCAGAAGAAGAUGAAUCGCUUGGGAAGGAAGGGGGAGGCAGAUAGACAUGUGUUUGAUAUGAAGCCCAAGCACUUACUGUCUGGAAAGAGGAAAGCUGGUAAAAAGGACAGGAGAUAGUGUCCUUCUCAGUGGACUUUGCUUGAUUAGACUGUUGCUGUUUAUUUCUUGGUUUGGUAUGAUAUAGUUUUAUAAAAUUGAAAUCAUGUUCUAAUAACUGAAAGAAACAAAAUGAAAGUGCUUGUUGCUUAGCUGAAAAUGGGUUAACUCUAUAGAGGUGUGGGGAGUUUUUGUCACUGCGUAAUACUACAAAUAUUUUAAGUACACCGUGUUUCUGCAUCGAUGGAGUGUUGAUUUCUUCAUAUUGCAGAACUGGGAAGAUUUAUUGCCACAAGUAUGGUGGGUUUUUUGGUGGAGCAGAAACUUUUAAGAAAAUCUUGGUUCGUUAUACAUGAAGAACCCAGUUUUUUGUAAGGAAAGCUUCUCCACUUAGUUGUAGGCAGAAGGCUGCCAGCCCUGUCCUGCAGAUUUGAGAGCAAGCACUUGUAUGAGUAUAUCAGAACUGAGUACUUAAAAUACUCUCUUAAAUUAUUCUCUAGACUUUUUGUACACUGUAUCAUUGUAGCUUGUCUUCAACAAUUUUAUCCAAAAUAAACCUACAAAGGAAAAUAGCUUUGA